AUGUCAUUAACAACUCCUGCUUUGACCUUGACACCCUCCUGGACCGCCACCGUAUCUUCUUGUACCAAAUCCGACGAUUGGUGGGUGUGGAAUUACGACGACGUCGACGGUAACGACGCAUGGGUGGUCAUUGGAGGCCCGUCACAGGUCACCGAUUGUUAUCCUUCCGGCUACGGCGCCAGCGCGACGUAUGCCGGUUCACAAUGUCCUUCGGGAUUUACCCAAGUGUCGGCCACGGUCCUUGACCCGGACGUCGUCUGUUGUCCGACAGUCAAGCCAUUCUCCUACAUUACAAGUACCGUGUACCGAGAAGAGACGUUUCGAUGCGGCUCAAUGUUCACGGCCGACGUGACCUCAUCACUCACCUCGACCGAUUUUAGUCUGUCAACCCAAGUCGUGACCAAGACGACCAUCGUGCCCGGACAACACUUGUUUGCCUUGGCAAUCAUCUAUACCACGCCGACCUCAUCUCCUACCACCGCCGCUUCAACCACCCCUUCAGCCACCCCUUCAAUCAACGGCGCGUCCGGUUCUUCUUCACUUGCCGCCGGAGCCGCAGCGGGUAUCGGCGUCGGCGCAACCUUGAUCGUCCUCCUAUUGGCGGUGGGCGUCGUUGGCCUCGUAUGGCGAAAGAGGAGAAGACAAAGGAGAAUAGGAAGGUGGGCAUCGUCGCUACCGUCGCCGCCCAGGGUCUCGGAAGACUUGCACCCGCACGCCGAACCACUAUACUCAUUCGGACGAGGCUCGCAGCUCAAAGAAGGCGUGCCGAGGGAAUUGGAACUCGCCGGACAGGGCAACCUCGUCAACGCACUAUCCGCCGACCGACGCGUCAAAGGCCAGGAAAGCGCCGAACUUCAAGGGUGA